UUUGCCAAUACCAGAUCCCAGUUCUUCAUCAUGGUGGCUGUUUACCACUUUGUUUGCUUCAUUAUUGCAUUGAUCUGCUUCAAGCUACUGGGAUUUUCUGAAUCUAUGGUGCCCCAAGAGGAAGUGGAUAUUCUUCAUGAAAUUAUGACCAAAAUGGGGGCUGUGUAUUGGAAGUUUAAUGAUGAUACUUGCCGGAUUGAAGUGGUUGGUCUAACAGAGGCACCACCAAAGGGAUCUGAGCGCAGAAUUGAUUGUGAAUGCCACUUCAAGAACAACACUGAAUGUCAUGUCGUAAAAUUAAUGAUCAAAGGUUAUAGUUUACCUGGUUUGCUUCCACCUGAACUAGUCAAGCUUCCUUACCUCCAGGAAAUUGAUUUUGCUUACAACUAUCUUAGUGGUACAAUACCAAAGGAAUGGGCUUCAAUGAAAUUAACUUAUCUAUCUGUUUAUGUUAAUCGUGUAUCAGGGGAAAUUCCGAAGGAGUUGGGAAAUAUAAGAACUCUGACAUACUUGUCACUUGAAGCUAACCAAUUUUCUGGCACUCUUCCUCCUGAGCUUGGUUAUCUGGUCAAUUUGCGGAGUUUGAUACUUUCCUCUAAUCGACUGACUGGAAACUUGCCAGAGACAUUUGCUGGGCUGAAAAAAUUAGAAGAUAUCCGUUUAAGUGAUAACAACUUUAAUGGAACAAUCCCGGAUUGGGUGCAGAACUGGAAACAACUCAAAAGACUGGAGAUGCAUUCAAGUGGACUUGCUGGACCCCUUCCAUCAAAUAUUUCUGUUCUGACCAACUUGAAUGACUUGAGGAUUAGUGACAUGGACGGGCCAAAUCAGGAAUUUCCUUUGCUGAGAAAUAUGACGGGUCUAGUAAGAUUGAUUUUGAGGAACUGUAACAUUUUUGGAGAGAUCCCCACAUAUGUCUGGUCCAUGAAGAAUCUGGAAAUGUUGGAUCUCAGUUUCAACAAGUUAGCAGGUGAACUUCCAUUCACUGCAGGCGUUACUGAGCGCCUGAAAUUUGUCUUUCUAACUGGAAACCAGCUAAGUGGAACUUUACCAGAGUCACUCUUGCGAGAUGGAAAUAGUGUUGAUGUAUCAUACAAUAACUUCACAUUGUCAGACCUUAAGAGCUCUCAUUGUCAAGAACACAUGAAUCUAAAUCUAAACUUGUUUCGAGGCUCCUCAAAAGAGAACGACUUAAGGAGUGUUCUUCCAUGCUCAAAGAAUUUCCACUGCCCACGAUAUUCAAAUUGCAUGCAUGUCAAUUGUGGUGGAAAUGACCUAACUGUCAAGGAAGACAAUAACGCAAAGGUCUUGUAUGAAGGCGAUGGAGGAGUUGAAGGUGGUACUGCAAAAUAUUUCAAAAAUGACAAAAGUAUGUGGGGAUUCAGUAGCACCGGUGACUUCAUGGAUGUCUAUGAUUGGCGAAAUACACGUUACUCUAUGUCUAUGGCAUCUUUGAGUCUCUCCGAGAUAUAUACCACAGCACGCAUAUCACCUAUUUCACUUACUUAUUUCUCGUACUGUUUAGAAAAUGGGUUAUACACUAUCAGUAUCCACUUUGCGGAGAUUAAGAUCACGAAUAACGGUACACAUAGUCUUGGGAGGCGUUUUUUUGAUAUUUAUGUUCAGGAAAGAUUGGUAUGGAAGGAUUUCAAUAUUGUCGAUGAGGCAGGUAUGGCUCAGAAAAGAGUAGUUAAACAACUAUCUAAUGUCAGUGUGACAAGUAAUGUUUUAGACAUCAGACUCUACUGGGCUGGAAAAGGGACAACGAGGAUUCCUGAGGGAGGAGAUUAUGGUCCUCUUAUAUCAGCUAUUUCUGUGGUUUCCGACUUCAAACCUUGUGGAGGCACUGGAAGUUCAAGACUUGUUUAUACUAUUUCCGGUGUUGGUGUUGGAACAUUAUGCCUAAUACUUUUCAUACUGGUGGUCUUUUGGUGGAAUGGAAAAAGAGGGAGAAAAAGAGGAGGGGAUAUCCAGACUGGGAAUUUUUGUUUGAAACAAAUAAAAGCAGCAACUGAUGACUUUGAUCCAGCAAAUAAGAUUGGAGAAGGUGGUUUUGGUCCUGUGUUCAAGGGUCAGUUACCAAAUGGUUCUUUGAUAGCAAUUAAGCAGCUCUCAUCUAAUUCAAAGCAAGGGAAUCGUGAAUUCUUAAAUGAGAUGGGAAUGAUAUCUUGUCUGCAACACCCGAAUCUAGUGACACUGCAUGGAUGCUGUAUUGAGGAGGAUCAACUAUUGCUGGUAUACGAGUACAUGGAAAACAAUAGCCUUGCGCGUGCAUUAUAUGGUCCAGAGAAGCAUCAGCAAAAGCUGGACUGGCCAACAAGGCUUAAGAUCUGUGUUGGGAUAGCUAGAGGUCUAGCUUUUCUCCAUGAAGAAUCAAGACUCAAGAUUGUCCACCGAGACAUAAAAGCUACAAAUGUGCUGCUGGAUAGGGAUCUGAACGCUAAAAUAUCAGACUUCGGAUUGGCUAAGCUUGAUGAAGAUGACAAAUCACACAUCAGCACCAGGAUUGCCGGAACCCUAGGGUAUAUGGCGCCAGAAUAUGCACUAUGGGGUCACUUAACCUACAAGGCAGAUGUUUACAGUUUCGGAGUUGUUGCCUUGGAAAUUGUUAGUGGAAAGAGCAAUAACAGCUAUGUGCCAAAUGACAGUUACCUCUGUCUCCUAGACUAUGCUUGGCAUUUGCUACAAACUGGAAACUUGAAGGAGCUGGUUGAUGAGAGGUUAGGGAAUGAAGUCAAUGAUAAAGAAGCAGAACUUAUGAUUAAAAUUGGUAUGUUAUGUACGAAUGCCUCUCCCACGCUUAGGCCUACGAUGUCUGAAGUGGUGAACAUGCUUGAAGGACGAACAGUAGUGCCGAACAUGACCCUGGAAGCAAGUUCCUAUACCAAAGAGUUGAGGUUCAACGCCAUGAGGGACAUCCAUCGUCAAAGGAAAAGGCAGAGUUCAAGUGAUCAAAGCCAGCCUCAGAGUUUGCCAACUACUAAAACAUUUCGCUCUUCCUCUACUUCAAGGCUGACGAGGCAUGACUUGGGAGUUAGAACAUUAUAAGAUUAAAAUCCUCUUGACAAUUGAUAUAGUAGUAGCAAGUAGCAACAUAAUUAAAUGUUGAACACAGUCAACACAUGCAUAUAUAUCCACAGCAUUUCCUUCCAAAUCAAGGAACAGUAAGAUUGGAUUGAUAUGUUCACAUGAAAGAGGACAUCUGAUACAUAGCAAG